AUGCCAGAUGUCAAAAACGUCAACACUGUUCAAGAAGAUCGGCAGCAUACCGCAGCGGUAUCGGAACAGCCUGUAAAACUGGAAUCAGUUUUGCCAUCUGAUGAACCCGGUUUAUUGCCUGAUGAAUUGAACGACAACCAGGCAGUAGGAGAAACCAGCGAAGACUCAAUACAAAUUGUUCAUCCACUGCAUAGACCAGUUGUUGGCCAAAUUCUUCCCCCUGCUAUUUACUCAGAUAUCAGUCCUUAUUACGGUUAUGCUUCAAUUCAUCGUACACGUCCCAUUAUUGUUUUGGGAUACAGCUACAACCCCUGUUGUGCUUUGCACUGUGGUAACCCUUUAAGAUACAGAUGUAAACCGUCAUUCCGUUACUACGAUCCUUAUUCCACCGAUUAUUCUCCGCAAAUAUAA